AUCGCCUUCGAAUGAUAUCCGUGAACAGAUUAUCAUUGAUCUAUUACUAGUAUCUUUGGGACUAUCGCAGAAGUUGCUCAAACACGCAGAAAGUUCCAAGUCUAGAAUGCGCCAAGGAUUAAAACAAGGCAUAAGAUCUACUAAACAACACAUACAACAGAAUCCACCGCAAAAAAUAGUUCUUCUCCUGAUGGAUCCUCCAUACUUUCUAGUUUCUCACGCGCAGACACUCUGCGACAUCUUCAUCAAUCUAGCUACUUAUGAUGCUCGCUAUCGAGCAGUCUUAUGUCGUCUCGCAAGACACUUGGAACUUUCGUCGUCUUUGAUUCCGAAUCUUAAAAAGUCGAUUGGCCAACAAUUGUAUUUUAUGCAGCAAGAGGCAUUAAAACCAGAACCAGGUGGUGGAAAAGAGACUAAAAAGGCUGACAUUUACAAGGAUUUGGAUGUGAGUGCUCUUCAGAAAUUUUAG